AUGGGCGAAGCGGGAGCUCGGUUCCCCUCUGGUUGGACACGGGCUCGUUGUCAAGAAAACGGUGUGUCAGAUGCCGAGCAAGAGAAACGAUGGGCACAACUGUUUGAUCAACUAGAUCGAAAUAAAGAUGGAAGAAUCGAUGUGAAUGAGCUCCGCACUGGAUUAAAUGCCAGGGGGAUCAAACGCAGCGAGGUGGACGAGAUUGUACGUGAGAGUGACAGCAAUGAUGACGGCCAGCUGGACUUUACAGAGUUCACGCAGUAUCUUCGCAAGCAUGAGAAAAACCUGAGACUCAUGUUCAGCAGCCUGGAUCACAACAAAGAUGGUCGCAUAGACGUUGCAGAAAUUCAGCUCUGCUUGCGCAGCCUCGGUGUGAAUGUAUCCACUGAGCAGGCCUCCACAAUACUGCAAAGCAUGGACAGAGACGGCACAAUGACCAUUAACUGGAGCGAGUGGCGGGACCACUUCUUGUUUAACCCUCUGCACAACAUAGAGGACAUCGCCCAUUACUGGAAACACUCUCUGAUGUUGGACAUUGGGGAACAGCUGACCGUGCCGGAUGAGUUUUCAGAGAAAGAGAGACGCUCAGGUGUGGUGUGGAGGCAGUUGGCUGCCGGGGCAAUGGCCGGAGCAGUAUCCCGAACAGGAACAGCCCCUCUUGACCGCCUUAAAGUUUUUCUUCAGGUCCAUGGCUCUAGUGGGGUCGGUCUGUUAGGAGGCCUGCAGGGAAUGGUGAAGGAGGGGGGCUUUAGGUCCCUCUGGAGAGGAAACGGGAUUAACGUGCUUAAAAUUGCCCCAGAGACAGCGAUCAAAUUCAUGGCAUAUGAGCAGAUCAAAUGCCUGAUCAGAGGCAGUAAAGAGCGUGGACCUUUGAGGGUUCAGGAGCGAUUCAUUGCAGGCUCACUGGCAGGAGCAACUGCUCAGACCAUCAUCUACCCUAUGGAGGUGUUAAAGACUCGUCUGACACUCAGAAAGACUAAACAAUAUACGGGUAUGGCAGACUGUGCCAAGCAGAUACUGUAUAAGGAAGGGGUGCGGGCCUUUUACAAAGGCUAUGUGCCCAACACACUUGGCAUUAUCCCAUAUGCUGGUAUUGAUCUGGCUGUCUAUGAGACUUUAAAAAAUGCCUGGCUACAGCGGUACUGCAUGGGCUCAGCUGACCCUGGGGUUCUGGUGCUGCUUGGAUGUGGCACCGUGUCCAGCACAUGUGGACAGCUGGCCAGUUACCCUCUGGCUCUCAUCCGCACACGCAUGCAGGCCCAGGCCUUAACUGAUGGCGUUCCCCAGCUGACCAUGGUUGGCCAGUUCAAGCAUAUUGUGUCCCACGAAGGCGUUCCUGGACUUUACAGAGGGAUUGCUCCCAAUUUCCUCAAAGUCAUUCCUGCUGUUAGCAUCUCUUAUGUAGUUUAUGAGCAUAUGAAGAAAGCACUGGGAGUUCUGGGAUCAUAAACUAUGACAGAAUCAGAGUAAAAAAGGAUGGUGAAACUAAUAAGCUGGUUUAGAAGUAAAAGAGAUCCAGAGGGACGCAAGGACGACCCUAGAGAAUGCAGUAAGAGGAUUUACAGUGAGUGACCUAAAACUACACUGUACACAUUCUUCCUUGGUCAAUCUUUAAUAAGAUUGUGUUAAGCCAUCGUCAUUUCUGUGUUUCUCUGACUGGCAGCUUGGAGAUUUCAGGUUUAUUGAACAUUGUUUAGGCAUAUCUGCUGUUUCUUAUCUGGAAAGAACACAAAACCUAUGGUUAUGGUUAUGUACAGGGAUUGCCAGGUAAUGAACUGAAAUACAUAUUAGUUAAUUUCAUAUAUAACUUUUGUCAAAUAGGAAGUGAUGGGUGGAAUAUCAUUACAGUAUUUUGGAGUAUAAGCUUUUUUUAAAUGAUAACCAAAGUUCAUCUCAUUAAAUUCACCAAAUAUAAGGUGUUUAAUGUGUACAAUAGAUCACAGAAUAUCUUAAGAAAUUAUUUCUGUCUGACAAAAGUCAAUUUUAGGAGGGAUUUUUCUUAUUUUAACAUUUUUUUCAGGUCAGUCAGAGAUAAGCAUAUUAUAUACAAUUAGUGAUUAAGGGAUUUGCACUUUUCAGAAAUAUUGAACUUAUAUCUUAAAUGUCUAAACCUAUGUCUAAACUGACUUGGUUAUUGACAUCACUGCUGCUUUGCUGCCAUUUUAGCCUUUUCAAAUUUUUAUCAUUCUCAUUGUUAGGGGGCAGAAUACGGUUAGUAAUGAUAAUAUUGUCUUGAACAACACAAGUAUUAGAAGAACACUGCAGAUUAUUUAGUUUCUUUACUUUGUGUUUAUAAAAUGUGGUGAAUGUAGUACAAUGCAUUAAAUUAAUUUAUAAAUCUCUAAACAAAGGUGCUUAAACCAUAGUGCAUGUUAUCAAUGAUGAUCUGCAUGUCAAUGUACAGGUAUUUCCUUUGAGAGAAAUAUGCAAACACUGUUAUAUUUAAAGUAAGCUAACAAGAAAUGUAUGUUUAUGUGACAUGAAUACAUGUAGGAUAUGUUUUAUUACAAGAAUGUAUGUAUAUCAUAUUUCUGUAUUUAUUCAGUAUCACUGUUGACAUUGCUGAAUGUUAAAAAUACAAAAUUAAAAUAUUCCAAGGAUCUAUAUUUGCACUAUUUUAACUGUUAUUUUCAAUUAAGAGAGUAUAAAUGUUGCAGCUAAUUGCAUUUAAUGAUGAUUUAACUGCUAGAAACUUUUGGGAGAUCUUGAGAAACCUUACACUCCCAAACAAAUCCCAAAUUAGGAGGUAACGGAAAAAGAAAGUGAUUGCAGUACCCAGAUCUAAGCCCAUGACAUUCUUAAAAGACAAACUUAUCUUUAAAAGUCUGCAUUUUUAAUUUUGAAUACAACAAAUGGUCUUGAUUAAAAAUACAGUUUGAAUGUAGUUGUGUGGGGACAUAAACCCUCUGAUAUAAUUGCCAUCUUGAAUUGUCACAUUUAGAUAUAUAGUUUCUUUAUUGAUUGCAUCGCAAUAGUGUGCCUUGACAUACUGUAUCACUUUAAAAGAAGUGCAUGCUACUUCUGAGCCAGUGGCAACAAGUUUUAUUUACAUAUUAAAAUGUGAUGAUUACUAACAAUUCUGUCCUGUUUCCUAAAAAGUAAUAUUUUACUGUCAGUUCCUCUUAUAAUUAUUUUCUCAAACGAAACUUGAUGCUCUCAAAAUACUGUUUACAAAGGUCAGAUGUAAGCUUAUAUGAAACAAUAAAAUGCUAUA